AUGGGAACAGGACCAUCCGCCAAGAAAUUUGGAUCUCGAUCCAAGCUGAAGAAGUACAAGCGGAAAACAUGGCUUUGCAGACGUGUCAAGGACACCGAUCAGAUUCAAGACGAAAUCGAAAAGGCCUCGGAAACCGGAAAACCAAUUGCGUUCAAAUACGACGACGAGCUUCCAGGAGGAGGUCAAUUCUAUUGCGUCGAGACUGGAAAGCACUUCACUGAUGCAAAGGCGCUAGCAGAUCACAAGAAGAGCAGAUAUUACAAGAAGCGAUGCAAAGAACUGAAGCAGGAAAAAUACACGCAGGAUGUUGCCGAAUGGGCUUCUGGUAUGACCAAGGAAAAGCUGCCACCAGCGCAUGCAAAGAAAUGA